AUGCGUUUCACAAUCGCUUCCCUUGCUACCGUCCUCGUCGGCGCCGUUGCCGUUCUGGCCGCUCCUACACCUAGAUAUACCGGGUGCAAGCUGUCUGGUAUCUCGAUCCCAUCUGAGGCUUUCGUCGACCCAAAUAACUCUUCGAACACACUUCCAGGUGUCGCCCAAAAUGAGCAGCUCGCCAAAAUCGUUCUAGGAUAUGGCUCUCAGAACUACAGCUGCACCAAUGGCGUUCCCACUCCUCACGGCGCCGUCGCGACUCUCUACGACCUGUCCUGUGCCUUCAUGGUCUCUCCCGAAUGGGCCGAUGUCCUCACCCGUGGCGCCGUCCAGAUGGACCCAACUGCCCAACUUGCUGGCAUUCAAAUGCUAAAGAACAUGUUCAACGCCCAAUUCAUCGCUGGAGUCCACUACUUCAAGGGUGACUUCGCCACUCCAGCUUUCGAAUUCGUCGACAAGACUAAAUUUAUCGGUGGCGUCGGUGGCAAGAUCCCAGCUCUUCUUGGCUCUGAUGUCGGCAAGCGUCCUCUGAACUUCGGUGCUGUUCCAUCCCUCAAAUUGGUCGCGAAGCAGGGUAUGGGAUCCACCUUCUCUAGCAUCUACCGCCUUCACACUGCUGGUGGAGUCGCUCCCAAAACAUGCGACUGGGCUGGCGAGAAACAAAUCCCUUACGCUGCUCAAUACUGGGUCUACAAGAGCAAAUAA